AGUGCAGAAGCAGUGGCGUGCUGUAUAAACCAACUAGACCGCACCGAAUAAGUAAGGUGAACGCCAGCGACCGCGGCAGAGUGUUUAUAUCUGUUUAAUUCGCUAAAAUUCAUGCUACUAAAAUGGUGCACAUCAAGUUCCUUCUACUGGUGACAUUGAGCUUAGCUGGUUUGGCUUUGGCGCGGGUAGAAAGAUUUAACGAAGUGGAUCGUCAUCUUUUGGAAUUAUUGAAGCGUUUGGAAGACCGUCAAAUCAAGGAAUCGGCCCCCGAUUCAAUCACGGAAGAAAUAUCAUCGAGGGGUACGACCGCUCCAGCUAUAGGUAUCGAUCUUGGCACCAGCUACUGUCGUGUUGGCGUUUUCCGGAACGGAGAAGUGGAGAUCAUCCCCAAUGAACAAGGCAACCGGAACACGCCCAGCUAUGUCGCCUUCACCGAUACCCAGCGUCUAAUCGGAGAUGCGGCAAAAAAACAGGCGGCAAUGAACCCCUCCAACACAGUGUAUGAUGUUAAACGUCUGAUUGGUGAAAGGUUCAGUGAAUCGUCCGUGCAGUCAGACCUGAAGAACAUGCACUGGCCCUUCGCAGUCGUGGACGAUGCCACUAAGCCAAAAAUCCAGGUUGAAUACAAAGGCAAAACAAAGACGUUUCACCCCGAGGAGAUCAUUGCCAUGCUUUUGGUCAAGAUGAAGCAGACAGCAGAGGCUUACCUCGGACAGACUGUCACCGAUGCCGUAAUCAGCGUCCCGGCCUUUUUCAGUGACUCCCAGCGCCAAGCCACCAAAGAUGCCGGUGCCAUUGCUGGCCUCAACGUCUUGCGUCUCAUCAAUGAGCCAACUGCAGCUGCCCUUGCUUAUGGUCUUGAUAAGAAGGUUAACAGUGAGAGAAAUAUCCUCAUCUUUGACCUGGGUGGCGGCAAGCUCGACGUGUCAGUGUUGGCAAUUGAAGAAGGCGUCUUUGAGGUCAAGUCAAGUCACGGAAACACCCAUUUGGGGGGCGAGGACUUCGACAACCGGAUGGUCAAGUGGUUUAUUAAAGAAUUCAAACGCAAGCAUCAGAAGGACUUAUCGACUGACGAGCGGGCCCUGAGGCGACUGCGCAUAGGAUGCGAGAGUGCCAAGAGGACCUUGUCGUCCAGCAAAAAGGUCAGCAUUGAACUUGACUCACUCUUUGAAGGGAUCGACUUCUACACUUCUAUCACAAGAUACCGUUUCGAAGAGCUGAACAUAGAUUUGUUCAGAAGCACCCUGGAACCAGUUGAAAAAGCCUUGGCUGACUCGAAACUUGAGAAGAGCCGCAUAAAUGAGAUUGUGCUUGUCGGCGGCUCCACCAAAAUUCCCCAAAUCCGGGCGUUGUUGAAGGACUAUUUCGAUGGCAAAUUUAUCACCAAGAGCAUUAACCCAGAUGAGGCUGUGACCUAUGGAGCAGCUGUGCAGGCGGCGAUUUUGCAUGGGGACAAAUCAGAGAAGGUUCAGGAUCUGCUUCUUCUUGAAGUGGCCCCACUCUCGCUCGGAGUUGAGACUGCUGGAGGUGUCUUUACCAAACUGAUCAAGAGGAGCAGCACAGUUCCGACCAAGCAAACCCAGAAGUUUACCACCUACUUGGACAACCAACCAAGUGUACUGAUCCAGGUGUUUGAGGGUGAGCGAUCCAUGACUGCAAACAACAAUCUUCUGGGGAAGUUUGAGAUAUCUGGAAUACCACCAGCUCCAAGGGGUGUCCCGAAUCUUGAGGUGACCUUUGACAUUGAUGCCAAUGGCAUCUUGAAUGUGUCUGCUGCUUUAAUUAGCGGUGGCAGAGAAGACAGCAUCACAAUCACCAGCGACAAAGGUCGUCUAUCCCAAGAGGAGAUUCAGAAGCUGGCGGCUGCUGAGAAGUUCCAGGCGGAGGAGGCCUAGCACUAACGCAUCACUGCCAAGAAGGACCCGGAAGGCUUUGCCUGGACAGAAUUGUUCUUUGAGAAGCUUGAAGGUUACAUAAUUCCAAUAUAAUACCCAAUCAGUCAAGCAUAUCAGAGUACACUGCGUUAUUUUUCCUUCGAUUAACAUUCCUUAGUUCGUAAAGUCAAUUCUUUUCUCAUCGCUUACUUCUGAUUUUGGAAGGCGGGAGCUGCAUGUAAAAACGUAGUGGUGCUUGUGGCCUAGUGGUUAAGGUUUGUGAUCACUGUCAAAGGGUCAGAUUAAAAUCUGUUUAUAAUCAAAUUAAUUUAACAACCAAUUAACAAUUAAAACUUAAUCUCGUCACAUAAAGAGUCUCACUUAGUAACCACCGCUUUCUCUUUUUAUGUAGUUUAAGUCCACCUGAUAUGCAUGGUGCACAUGUAGUGUAGCACCUACCUGUGAUGUACUUGUAGAGUACACAGAUACACGUCCCAUGGGAGUAAAGCCCCAGCUUUCAAGCCAUGCUCUUUAUUUACCAGACUUUGAUAUUUGUAGAGAGUAGUCUCAUGAAUGGAAUUCAGUGUGAGCCAAGAGGUAAUACAUGCAGGGACUGUUUUGUAGAUAAACAGCGCCUGUGGGGACGAGCUUAAUAUUUUUUUAUAUUUUUACUCUUUGACAGGUCUGUAAUAUUCACACGUAGUUUACAAUAUUGAAAACCACUUUUUGAUGUUAUCAUUCUGCAUGUAAAUGCGUUGGGUCUGGUGGUGAUUGGCUUUUUGGUUAUUAAAUUAACUAGAGUAAUGACUCGAGAUUGAUUAAAACUCACUAUACAAACAUACAAACACUAUACAAAUAACAUUUUGUCACUGGCUAUUUAAUCCCAAGAGAGGAAAACAAGUUGGUUAAACCAAUGCUUCUAUUUUCCUGAAAAGUGUCUCCUAAUACUCUAUAGUGUUUAUCUUAUUGGUGGACACUUGAGUCUCGUAAAAUUAAAUAAUGAUUCAUAUAUACUUAGCUUAACCAUUCUUAUAGGUUGGAAGAUCGUCACAUAGCCAGUCUUAUAAAUGGUUAACAAAUAUUUGGCCGGCUGAGCUUGAGCAUUUUUCCUGAGUCGCCUGAAAUUUAGACUCCUGUGAAUUCUAGUCCCUCCUUUGUGUAGGUUGAAAAUUCUCAGAAUUCACUUAUUUUUGCACACAUAAAUUAUGGUUUAAUAAUAAUUUCAUUUAAAUUUAUGUGAUGGAAAUUGGCCAACUCGGGCAAAAACGUCUGCCUUUUGUCUGUGCCCCCCUCCCCAUAUUUCAGUAAGCUGCUUUGCUACUUUCAUUCAGUCUGGAUGAAUAUUAUAUUGCCAUUCUUUUCAAGUGUUUCAAAUGUACAUGAAGGACUUCAUUCAAAAGCACUUUCUUAUUCUCUUUUCUGAAAGGCCUCGGACAAAACACACACGAAAAACCUCACCAGUGAUGAGAGGGUACGUACUGUGAUGUUGCACAAACAUCUCCAGAAAAAAUAUUGUUUUCUUGGUGGAUAUCAGAAUGAACUUAGCAAUGUAAACCUAUGUGACCUGUCUCAGUUGUCACAGCUAUUGUAAAGGCAAAACCUCUUCCCACACUUGAUUCUGGCUAUAUAGUGUUAACGAUGUUACCCAACAUGGUAAGUCCAGUUAUUCACACUAAUUCAGCAUGUUUAGGUUUCACCAUAUGCACUGCUAACGAAGCUACCUUUAAGCCAUUCUUCGCUUCAUUUAAAACUUUGGCAUUUUGCAAAGAAAUUGGAUGUCUGGAGUUGUGAUAAAAUUGUGAUAAAAUUUUGCAAAGAAAUUGGAUGUCUGGAGUUGUGAUAAAAUUGGUAGGAAAACGUCCGCAGUAACAGCAUCAGCUGGAAGUCCUAAGGAUUCUUAGCACAGAAACACACAGGGGAGAAAAAUUUUGGAACAUGGGGCUUCUCUCUGUCUGCCAAUAUGCACUGCCCAAAAAGCCAAGAAGGUAUGGGUUACACUUUACGGAAUGGCCUGAAGAGAAUAGAACCUGUCAACUGUGUCUCAUCAAUGUGUCACUUUUGCACCCUUAUCACACGUUUCUCUUUGCACAUACUGCAAAAAUACACAGAGUUUGUCCCAGCUGUUUGUACAAAAGUUUUGUUGGAGAUUACGCUGUGUGUUUUAAUGAAAAUUCAAUGAAAUACUCUGAAUUUUAGGAAUUUUACAAUUAAAUUCCACAUGCUCUAACCAAAUGUAAGUAAAUACGUACCGUUAUUGGAUGUCACAUAUCAAGCUCGAACAAAUCGUAUUAGAAAGUGAAGUGUUGGUAUUUGUGUAAUUUGGAUGGACGGGAUGAGUGUUAGAAUGAAAUUUGACAAAACGAUUGAAGAAACAAAAUAUAUAGAUAUUGAAGGGGGGUAUAUUUCGGAGUAAAAGGGCAAAUCUGAGAGGAAAAAAGGCACGUUUUAAAAAAAGUAGGCCUAUCACCGACAAUAAAAUCCAUCUUGUUAUAUGGUUAAAGACAUAUAUUCUAAUGUACUUCAACAAUUAAGUAAAUUGAAUAAUUUAUAAACCUUGUCAAGACAAGUAUUUUUUAACUGAGGAAAGACUGCUGAUUUUGAUUAUGGCAGGCAUGACACUCAGUCAAAUCUACGAGAAAAAAUCAACGGGUCAUAAAGUCACUUUGGGGUAUUUGGCACAAAACCCACCGUUUUCACAUACUGUACAAUUUCAAAAAAAAUAUAUACAAUUUUUGUAGUAGGAAAUCAUCCUGUUCCCCUUCUAACAACUCGACAUUUUUGUGACUUUCAUAAACAUAGGCAUAAAUAGGCAUAUUUUUAGUGUAUACGAUCACUUCCAGAUGGUCACUAAAUAGAUUGGGCAUGAAACAUCUGAUCGAAACCUGAAAAAUGAAGCUUAAACAACAUUUAAAAUAUCAUUAAAUAGAGAAAAUGUGACUACAUAGGAUAACUUCAAUUCCACAGAAAGGAAAUUGUUGACAAUGCAGAACUAGGUCCACCUUACGAAACCUGGAAAACGCAGUUCAGUGUAUAGAUCGUUGAGAUCAGUCGCCUGUCCUCUUCUGGAAAAGUCCAUGUAUCUCCUUCAAGUUAAAAUGCUUUGCAAUUUAGUUAAAUUAUUAAGUCUAAUAUAAUCCUGCUUCAAUAGCCUACAGAAAUCAACAAAGCGAUCCGCAGUGGGAAGGGUCAUUACUGCUUCAACAAAGGAACAGGCGCUUGGAUAUUACAAAAAAAUAUUUUCGAGUUAACUACAAAGAAAUUUUUCCUAUUCAAAAUUGCAACAUAUCGUCUGCAAAAACUUUCUGGGGUAAGAAAAAACUCAAUAAGUGUAAUAUCCCAGCUAUCGAAGGACCUAAUAAUGCCAAGUUUUUGAAAAGUAACUUUGUUCCCUUCCGUCUUGGACUUCACCUUUUAACUCGGCUAUUUUGGGGACUUCGGACACCAUGGUCGUAUUAUUGUAUUACUUUCCCUCGGUGUAUCACAAAUACUGCGUGUGCAUUUUCUGCUCUUAUUGCACUUCGUUUCCAGAGCCUUGCAUGACAAGAAUAAACUCAGUGUUCCUCCGACUCAAA